UGACGACAGGGGCGGACUGACCAUUUGGAAACUCGGGCACUGCCCGAGGGCUCGGGGUCAGUAGGGGGCCCCAUGAGAUGCCCCUGGUACCUUUUUCAUAGGCUUUUUUGAGUUUGGGCAAGGACACAGGGGCUCCAUGAUCCCCUAUUGCCCGGGGGCCCCAUGAGUUGUCAGUCCACCCCUGGUUGCAAAGUGAAAAGAAAUCCCAAAUAUUGGGUUGUCACCAGAACAGGAAUGGAGGGGAAAUCUUCCAAUAGGGAUACUAGUUCUGGUGAAAAGGAGGGAUCCCCUUACUUGAGAGUGAUUUCCUCUCAAUUCCUGUUUUGGCUGUAGGUCAGGAAAGGAAGGUAAAUCUCCCCAAUGGGACA